AUGCCUAUUUCAUUCAAAAGAACAUCAAAUUCACAAAUUGGCAAAACUUACAACUCCAGUGUGCUCUUACCUGAGGCAUUUGAGUUUAUGUCUGUAUUUAAUGGAAACCACAUGCGCAGCAAUGAGAAGGAGCAGCUCCAAGAGCUCAACAUCUGCUUUGCAGGAUACAUCGAUACGGUACGAUACCUCGAGGUGCAGAACAAACACCUCGAAGCAGAGAUUCAGGAACCAUGGCAACAAAAACUGUCACAGGCUCACUUGAGCGAAGCAUACGACCAGGAAAUUCAGGAGCUUUGCCUCACUGUGGAGCAAUUUAACAGGGACAAGGCACAGAUUCUCCUUGACAAGGACCACAUUGAUGAGGAUUUUCAGCGACUGAAGAAAUGACAUGAAAAAGAAAAAUGCUUACAAAAACAAAUGGAGUUGGAAAAGAAGGUCCAGGAUGUUUUGGAUGAGUUGGACUUUUUAUGCCAUAACCAUAAAGACAAAGUUAACAAACUUCUAGUUCAGUUGCAAACUGCCCAGGUUCCGGUAGAGAGAAAUAUGCAGAAGACUGACAUUAUUUCUGCGCUACGAGAAAUCCGUGCGCAAUUAGAUGGCCUCUCUUCGAAAAACCUUCAGCAAGGUGAAAAUGAGCUCAAGUGCCUUUAUAUCGUGCUAACAGAGGUGGCUGAACAGAAUAAGACUGCAAUCAAGUCUGUAAGAGCUGAGAUCGCUGAUUCUCGCUGCCAAUUACAAGCCCAAAACAUUGAACUAGAGGCAUUGCGUAGCAUGAAGGAAUCACUGGAGAGUCAACUCAGUGAUAUUUAAGACUGGCACAACAACGAAAUAUGCAGUUAUCAAGAUAUGAUCUACCAGCUCGAAAAUGAUCUGAAGGGGUCGAAGUGAGAAAUGACUCACCAUCUCCAAGAAUAUCAGGACCUGCUCAAUGUUAAGAUGGUCCUAGGUGCUGAAAUUGCAGUCUACAGGAAACGUCUAGAGAGAGAAAAGAUGUGCUCUGUAACCUUUUCUGGUGCUCCAAAUGCUAGAUUUACCUAUAAUCAUUCCAAGAAUCCCAUACUCCAGCAGAAAGUUGUGAACGACAUAAUUUAAUAAAUUACAGGAGAGAGUGGCAUAGAUGAUGACUUGGCAGAUAUGGCAAAAGAGAUGUCAGUGGAAGCCUGUGGACAGGAAGAAGAACUUGAGGACAAUGAUAAAGCAAUGGAGGAAGAGAUUGUACUGUUCACUGAAGCAAAGGUAAAUUCUGAACAGGAAGAGAAAGAAGAAAGUGAAGUAGAAGAGCAUGAGAAAGAGAAUGAGAGGGAAGGCAUAGUAGCACCAGGACAAGAAAAGGAUGAGGUAGAGUGAGAGAGAGAGAGAGAGAGAGAGAGAGAGAGAGAGAGAGAGAGAGAGAGAGAGAGAGAGAGAGAGAGAGAGAGAGAGAGAGAGAGAGAGAGAGAGAGAGAGAGAGAGGACAGAGAUGAGCAAAAGUCAGAAGUCGGAGAGGAGGGACCGGAAGUUGAAUUGAUUGCAGAAACAGAACUGGGAAGCACAUCUGAAUCAACAGGUAGUAAGCCAGAUAAAGGUGCCAGAGAAGAAGAAGAGACCAGUGAAAAAGCAGGAGAAAAAGAGGAGUAAGAGAAGGAGGAUGAGGAUGAGAAAAUGGAGAAUGAGCCUGGGGGACCUAUCAAAGUAGAACCCAACUGCAGAGAGGUUUCAACUAGAACUGUAGAGACCAUCACUAAUGGAGGUAAAGAGAUCACUCCAGAAGAACCUCUGGAGAAGAAAAAAAAGAAAACAGUGAAGGAAAUAAAAGGAAGAUCGAUAAUUGGUGAAAAUGACUCAACUCAACCUCAAACAUAG